AUGCUAGGUUACUUUUUUUCAGUCAUUACAGCCAUAGCUGCGUUUGGUUAUUUUAUCGUUGUUCCUCUUAUCAUCUAUUUCCGCGAUGCCAAAGGCCUGCGUAAAUACCCGAACUUCUCUUUUCUGUCCGGUAUCUCGAAUCUGCCAUUUAUCUAUGAAGCACACAAAGGCUUCAGAUCACAAGCGCUCCUAAAGGCGCACCAAAAGCACGCGGUCUUGCGCAUUGGGCCGAACGCUCUGUCCUUUGGUACAAAGGAAGCGAUCAAGGACAUCUAUGGUCACAACACGAAAUGUACCAAAGAUACGAUGUACAAGGUCCUGGCCGGUAGUCAUUAUCAUCUGGCGGAUGUCAUCGACAAACCCGAGCACGCCCGUAAGAGGAAAAUGCUGUCUAGUGCCUAUGCGAUCAAGAAUCUUGAGGGCUGGGAGCACAAGGUCGCUGACAUUACGGGUCGGUUGAUCAAGUCAUUUGAUGCUCGCUGCACAGCACCAUUGGUUGAAGGGGAACUCCCAUCUCCCGAAGAUCAGGCAAUUGACUAUCGUAUGUGGUCCAACCUUUUCACUGUCAGUGCCAUCGCGAACAUUGGUCUAAGCGAGGAUCUUGGCUUUCUCGAGCGCGGCGAUGAUCUUGUUACUGCAGAAGCCCCUGACGGCACACUAAGCAAGGUCCAUUUUAGAGAAUGCUUGCAUGCUACUGCAUGGGCCCAGUCAAACUUGGUCUGGUCUUAUGACUGGUUUCAGACAUUCAUCCGCAUUAGCAAGCUAGUGUCAUCGAAGUAUCGCCAGAAAUGGAGGCUUAAUAAAGACUGGGAUGGUAUUGUGCGGCACCGGGCCACGACACGAUUCAAGAGAUUUCAAGCCCAUGAACAGCUUGAUGACUUUUUCUCUGCUCUGCUGCAUGACAAGUCUGGCGUUGCCAAUAACUUGGAAUGGGGUGAAAUGGUUGCUGAAGUUAGUAUUAUGAUGAACGCAGGUUCAGACACAACUGCUAUCGCCAUGAACAAUGUCAUGUACCUGCUUUUGAAGAACCCUCCGUGUAUGAAAAAGCUACGGGAAGAAAUCGACGAGACCUUGGAUGAGGAUGAAGCUGUGGCACCCUACGACAAGGUCAAACACCUCCCUUACCUUCGAGCAUGUCUUGAUGAGAGUAUGCGCCUGCUACCACCCACUACGUUUGGACUUCCUCGCAAAACGCCGCCCGAGGGUGCAGCUGUGGUUGAAGACUAUAUUCCUGGCGAUACAACAGUCUCAAUUUCAUCCUAUGUUGCUCACCGCGACCCAAGCGUCUUUCCCGAGGCCGAAUUGUACAAGCCGGAGCGGUGGCUGGGCGAGGAAGGGAAAAACAUGCAGCCAUAUUUCAUCGCAUUUUCAGCGGGUGCAAGAGGAUGCAUUGGCAGGAACAUUAGCUAUUUGGAGCAGAUGGUACUUCUUGCAUCACUACUUCACCGCUACGAGUUUGCCCUUCCUUGCCCAGACUGGGAACCAACGAGAAGAGAGAACUUCAACUUGUCGCCAUCAGCUAUGCCACUCAAGGUUUGGAGAAGGAAGAACGACGAAGAGGAUUAA